AUGGAGGACGCUGACGAGGUUUACUCGCUCAUAUUAUUCGCGUGCCAUGCAAGUACUAAACGUCAGAUCCGGACAGUUCAAAUUUUCUUAGAAAGAGAAGAAACUAAUGGUUACAGCAGUGAUACCAACUUAGAAAAACAAAACUUAUCUUGGCCGCUAGGAACUUGGACACCUUACUUUUGGGACAAGGCUCAUAGAUGA